GGAAGAAGUAAUGUUAAGACCAAAAUGGCCGCGUUCCAUGCUACAUGAUUAAAAAAAAGAAAAACAAUUAAUGAAUGUUUGGAGAUUGCGCGAUAUUCUUUCAAAUAAAUUGGUUUUAUUUAAUUGUGUUAGGACAUGGCAAGCACGUUGGACUUCAGGACCCACGUUGACCAGUCUUGUAGAUAUUCAGAGGAAUUUGUCAACAUUUAUUACGACUGCAUGGAUAAAAAAAGGAGGAACCUGAUCCGGCUGUACCUGGACAAAGCCACUUUGGUCUGGAACGGGAAUGCGGUGUCAGGGCAAGAAGCCCUGAGUGCAUUUUUUGAGUCCCUGCCGUCGAGCGAAUUUCAGGUUCAAACACUGGAUUGCCAGCCUGUACAUGAACAAGCAACUCAAGGCCAGACGACUCUACUUGUGGUUACUGGUGGAAUAGUCAAGUUUGAAGGCAACAAGCAGCGUUUCUUCAACCAGAACUUUCUCCUCACUGCUCAGGCGACGCCGAACAACGACCAGCCCGUCUGGAAGAUUGCAAGCGACUGUUUCCGAUUUCAGGACUGGAAUAGUUGAAGCUGGG